AUGUCUGCUUUCUCCUGGCCCCAAACCGCCAACAUAAAGCUUCAUGAACGGUCGGAGCCCGUCCCCCUUCCUGACCAUCGCCCUCUCAUGAUCGGCAUUGGCGUAGCUGCUGCAGCCAUGACUAUCAUCCUCAUCUACACCCUUUUCUUCUUCGGUCUCAAAUAUCGCAAGGCUCGUGCGACCAAGCAGAGCAAAGAAAAUGAAGCCGAAGCCAAGACUAUCGUGCUCAAGGACAACGAUUCCUCACCGUAUGUAGGCGCCGGCCAUCAAGGCGGGGAUAUAGGCGAUAGCCAUAGUGCGCGUACAUCUUCUGAACUACCUGUGCAUUACACUCACGUGGGGAAGGAUGGUGGAAAGCACGAUUUUGUAGAAGUCGACAUCAGUAGUGAGAAGCCUAAGAAUUAG